AUGGAUUUAGAAUUGGAACCAACGUUAGAAUCAAUCAUUGAACAAGAUAGUUUGAAAUGGAUCUUUGUUGGAGGUAAAGGUGGUGUAGGUAAAACCACCACAUCAUCAUCAAUUGCCGUUCAAUUAGCAUUAACUCAUCCUCAAGAUCAAUUUUUAUUAAUUUCAACUGAUCCAGCUCAUAAUUUAUCCGAUGCCUUUUGUCAAAAAUUUGGUAAGGAUGCUAGAAAAGUUGAAGGAUUGGAAAAUUUAUCAUGUAUGGAAAUUGAUCCUGAUGCUGCUAUGAAUGAUUUACAACAACAAGCUCAACAAUAUAAUAAUGAUCCUAAUGAUCCUUUAAAGAAUAUGAUGCAAGAUUUCACAGGUUCCAUACCGGGGAUCGAUGAAGCUUUAUCAUUUAUGGAAGUUUUAAAACAUAUUAAAAAUCAAAAACUUAAUGAAACUAAAAUCACUUAUAAAACAAUUAUUUUUGAUACUGCUCCAACUGGUCAUACUUUACGUUUCUUACAAUUACCUGCUACUUUACUGAAAUUAUUAGGUAAAUUCCAAAGUUUAUCAGGUAAGUUAGGUCCAAUGAUGAAUAUGCUUGGAGGUGCCGGUGGGAAUCCUCAAGAUAUGUUUGGAAAAUUAAAUGAAUUAGAAAAACAAGUUCAAGAAGUUAAUGAACAAUUCACAAAUCCAGAUUUAACUACCUUUGUAUGUGUUUGUAUAUCGGAAUUUUUAUCCCUUUAUGAAACCGAAAGAAUGAUUCAAGAAUUAAUGAGUUAUAAAAUGGAUGUCAAUUCCAUUGUCGUCAAUCAAUUAUUAUUCGCUGAAGAUGAAGUUAAACCUUGUCAAAGAUGUGUAAGUAGAUGGAAAAUGCAAAAGAAAUAUUUAGAUCAAAUGAGUGAAUUAUAUGAAGAUUAUCAUUUAGUUAAAAUGCCUCUUUUAGGUACUGAAAUUAGAGGAAUUAAUAAUUUAAAGAAAUUUUCUAAAUUCUUAUUAAAACCUUAUGAUCCAAAACUUGAUAGUGCUAUAAUUACUGAUUUAGAAGAUAAAUAG